AUGGCGCCCUCAUCGUUCUUUCUAUUAUUACCGCUCUUCCUAUCCUGUCUACCCUCCCCGACAACGGCAUGGGUCUUCUCCUGGACCCCCCCGGACGGCAAGCUCCUCACGAACCACGGCGAAGACGGACUAGCCUGCAAAGACAUCGACAAUCCCAAGGGAAACUCGUUUGAUUGGGAUCCGCGGGGCGGCCAGUGGUGCAUAUACUUGUAUGGUGUUAAAGGCUGCUCCCAUAACAACACCGACAACUCCGUCGGGUAUACGUGCAAGCCCUGGGAAUGGGCCGACCCUGGCUCUGGCUCUCAGAUCUACUCGUACCAGGUGAUUAGCAAUAUCACUGAGCAUGCUUCUUCGUCUGUUGCUGCGGCACAUGCAACUGCGACGGACACUGCGACCAGUUCGAUGCACACUGCGACCAGCACGGGCGUACAUGAGCAGACACCCACUCCAACGUCUAGCAGUGAUAGUGGGACGGGCUCAUCCGCACCGAUGAAUCAGAAGCAAAACGACAGUUCGUCUCUCUCCGGCGGCGCAAUUGCGGGAAUCGUGGUUGGCGUGCUCGCAGUCGUAGUCAUGACCGGCGUCCUCUUCUUUUUCCUAUACUGGCAUCCGCGCAAAUCUAGCAAAUCCAAGGCGGAAAAAGAUCUCGCGGCAUAUGAAUCAUUAUCAUCGCCGCCGCCACCAGCACCGAUGUCUGCCACGACUGCCACCUCGGGCAAGACUGAACUCCAGGGUUCCAGUGAGAAGGCACCCCUGGAGAAGGAUGGGUUGGAGCCGGGUCAGAGACUAAAUGAGCUCCAGGGUGAUCGGAAUCAUGUAGUAGAGAUGGAGCAGGGGACCGUUAGGGCUGAGUUGGAUGGGUCUCCACGGUAG